GCUGAGCACACACGGAGCGGCGCCAUGCACUACCCUGGGACCGACGGCUAGCCUGCAGAAAUGCCUCCCGAAGACCUCGACCCACCCCGGAAUGCUCGGCCCUGGGCGCACGUUGUGGCGUUAUUUCAUUGGUAAAAGCCCUCGGAGAGGGAAUGAGUGCGACACAAUGGCGAGGUUUUGAGUCUUACUUGGCCGCUUGGCUCGGUGAACCGCGACAGAGGCAGCGGAUCGUUUCCAAAGUUGUCGGUUAGCAGGGCGCGUGUGAAGGAUCGGACUUAAAGGAGCAGUACGCCCGCAGACAUGGACAAGCAGCAGCAGAGCGAGCUGGAGCGAGAGCGACAGUACUGUGAACUUUGUGGGAAAAUGGAGAACCUCCUCAAGUGUGGCCGGUGCCGGAGCUCCUUCUACUGCAGCAAGGAGCACCAGAAACAGCACUGGAAGAAGCACAAGCUCAUUUGUAAGGAGGCGGACAAGGCGCAGCUCCCCAAACAGAAGCCCGGGAAGGCUCCGCCGGCGGGGGACGACGAGGCUCCAGAGAAAUCCCAAGAAAAGAAAAGCCCCGAGCAGGCGGACAGCGCGUCCUUACCGCAGACCACAGAAACACCUGAGGUCGGAGAUAGACCUGGAGAAGACGGACCCAACAAUACCGCCACACCUAACGGACAAACUAGCUCAUCUCCUCAGAAACUUGCCAUGGAGUACAUCGUGCCGUGCAUGAACAAGCACGGCAUCUGUGUGGUGGACAACUUUGUAGGGGCAGAGACUGGACUGGGCAUUUUAGAGAAUGUCAAAGCUCUGCACAAAACGGGCAAGUUCACGGACGGGCAGCUGGUUAGUCAAAAAAGCGAUUCCACUAAAGACAUCCGAGGGGACAAAAUCACGUGGAUUGAGGGGAGGGAGGCCGGCUGCGAGAAGAUCCUCUUUCUAAUGAGUCGCAUGGACGACCUGAUCAGACAUUGUAAUGGCAAACUGGGAAACUACUCAAUAAAUGGAAGGACAAAAGCAAUGGUGGCAUGUUACCCCGGAAACGGGACAGGCUACGUGCGCCAUGUGGACAACCCCAACGGCGAUGGACGGUGUGUCACAUGCAUAUAUUACCUUAAUAAAGAUUGGAAUGCCAAGGAACAUGGAGGCCUUCUUCGAAUCUUCCCAGAAGGAAAGGCCCAGUUUGCCGACAUAGAGCCAAAAUUUGACCGUCUGCUGCUGUUUUGGUCAGACAGACGGAACCCUCACGAGGUUCAGCCCGCUUUCGCUACAAGGUAUGCCAUCACGGUGUGGUAUUUUGACGCAGACGAGCGAGCCAGAGCUAAAGAAAAAUACUUAACAGGUGCAGGAGAAAAAGGUGUAAAAGUUGAACUCGACAAAUCACCGGAUCCCAGCUAAUGGGAUGCCCGCGCCCCCCUACAAACAGCCAUUAAGUGCUCUGUCCUAAGAAAGUGGCCUAAAGAGAGCAUGUGUGUGUGUUUUACAUGGCAAAACAGCAGACUUUUUGCUUGAGUGGGUGGAAGAUCCAUGAUAAUGGAGACAAAAACGAAACAAAUACACAGUGAUUCUGUUCAUUUUCAGCCAACCUGGGCAACCCAGCGGACCUUGAAUGUCAUAACAUUGUACUGAAAGGGAUUGUAUGUGUGUUUCUCCUUUCACCUCGUCGGUGAAGAAUGCUUACAUUACAGCUGACAUCUUCAGAAAAAAAUCGUUUCAAACAGGAAUUAAGCUCAGCGAAAAUCUUCAUCUUUUGUAUAUUGUUUUGUUGCAGUUAAUUCCUUAAAGGUACAGUGUUCUGCAUAUGCGUCAUGUGUUAUGCUUUUCACAUGGAAUCGGCUGUUAUAAUAAGCUACUGUAUGUGCUUGAGUUUGCAAUAAUUUGAGGAAUGAUCUGAAUUAAAAAAACAAAACAAAACACACUUUUCUGACAGAA